CCCCUGGGGGUGGCGGCGGCGGCUUCAGCCCAGCCCCUCCCUCUUCCCUGGCUUCCUCUUUUCGCCUCCCUCCUCGCUCCCUCACCACGUAGGAGUUCCCAUUCUCCACCCGAGCCGUCCUGCUUUCCCCCCUUUCCUGCCUUUUGGAAACCAGAGACUCCGAGGGAGGCGACCGGGCGGCAGAGGAGAGGGCCGGCUCACAAAGUGCUGCUUUGACACAUCCUUAGGAUGGAAGUUAAGUGAAAACAAAACAACACAAAACAAAACUCCGCGAAGUGUUGCUGCUACGGAGAAGGAGACCGGGGCGGGCAGAGGAAACCCGGUGGGCAGGCCAAUGGUUGUUCCGCAGCGCGUUGGCAAGUUUGUGGAACACUUUCUAGGAAUUAGGUCUUUUUUGUCCCCCGUCAUCUUGACUUCUGAAGAAAGAACUUGUGUUUGGAUUGCAAUGGAGUCUAAGGAGACAGGGCUAGAUGCACGUGAAUAGUCCCGCCAGCUGGGCUGAAUUUGUGGGAAUUUCGGAAGCCAGCCUGUGGAAGUAAAGCCGCUCUGGAGUCCCUUGGGUUCAUUCGGAUGGCUCCUAACGUGUCCCGUGUCAGAACUCUUCUUCACCAACAGCUUCUGAUGUUGCCAUUUUGCUCUUCUUGACCUUAAUUAAUCUCUAGGAAAGUCUAAACUUCGGACCUACCUCUUUUUUUGAUACUUAUUUUUGUACUUCUGCUCUCUGGGAUUGGUUUCUUAAACAAUCUGGAUCCUUUUUCAUAUGUCAAAAUGAGUCCGCUGAUGUUUACACUACUAUUGCUCUUUGGAUUUCUCUGCGUUCGGAUUGAUGGAUCUCGUCUUCGUCAAGAAGACUUUCCCCCCAGGAUUGUAGAACACCCUUCUGACGUCAUUGUCUCCAAGGGAGAGCCCACCACUCUGAACUGUAAGGCAGAGGGCCGGCCGACUCCCACCAUUGAAUGGUACAAGGACGGUGAGAGGGUGGAAACAGACAAGGAUGACCCCAGGUCACAUAGGAUGCUUCUGCCCAGCGGAUCCUUAUUCUUUUUGCGAAUUGUGCAUGGGCGCAGAAGUAAACCAGAUGAAGGGAGCUACGUUUGUGUCGCAAGGAACUAUCUUGGUGAAGCAGUGAGUCGGAACGCAUCUCUGGAAGUGGCAUUAUUGCGAGAUGACUUCCGGCAAAACCCCACAGAUGUGGUAGUGGCUGCUGGAGAGCCUGCAAUCCUGGAGUGCCAGCCCCCGCGGGGACACCCAGAACCCACCAUCUACUGGAAGAAAGACAAAGUCCGAAUUGAUGACAAGGAAGAAAGAAUUAGUAUCCGUGGUGGGAAACUGAUGAUCUCAAAUACCAGGAAAAGCGAUGCAGGGAUGUAUACCUGUGUGGGAACCAAUAUGGUGGGAGAAAGAGACAGCGACCCCGCAGAGCUGACUGUCUUUGAACGACCCACAUUUCUCAGGAGGCCAAUUAACCAGGUGGUGCUAGAAGAAGAGGCGGUAGAAUUCCGUUGUCAGGUCCAGGGAGAUCCACAGCCAACUGUGAGGUGGAAAAAGGAUGAUGCAGACUUGCCAAGAGGAAGGUACGAUAUCAAAGAUGACUAUACCCUGAGAAUUAAAAAGGCCUUGAGUACAGAUGAAGGUACCUAUAUGUGUAUCGCUGAGAAUCGGGUAGGGAAAGUGGAAGCCUCUGCUACUCUCACUGUCCGAGUUCGCCCUGUUGCUCCUCCACAGUUUGUGGUUAGGCCAAGAGAUCAGAUUGUUGCUCAGGGCCGGACAGUGACAUUCCCCUGUGAAACUAAAGGAAACCCACAGCCAGCUGUUUUUUGGCAGAAAGAAGGCAGCCAGAACCUACUUUUUCCAAACCAACCUCAGCAACCCACUAGCCGGUGUUCGGUGUCUCCCUCCGGGGACCUGACCAUCACCAACAUCCAGCGUUCAGAUGCGGGGUACUACAUCUGCCAGGCCUUAACGGUGGCAGGGAGCAUCUUAGCUAAAGCGCAGUUGGAGGUUACCGAUGUUUUGACAGAUAGACCUCCACCCAUAAUCCUGCAAGGACCAAUCAACCAAACACUUGCAGUAGAUGGUACAGCGCUACUGAAAUGUAAAGCCACUGGAGACCCUCUUCCUGUAAUUAGCUGGCUAAAGGAGGGCUUUACUUUCCUGGGUAGAGAUCCAAGAGCAACAAUCCUGGAACAAGGAACACUGCAGAUUAAGAAUUUACGGAUCUCUGAUACUGGCACUUACACUUGUGUGGCUACAAGUUCAAGUGGAGAGACUUCCUGGAGUGCAGUGCUGGAUGUAACAGAAUCUGGAGCAACAAUCAGUAAAAAUUAUGAUAUAAAUGACCUGCCGGGGCCACCAUCCAAACCACAGGUCACUGAUGUUACUAAGAACAGUGUUACCUUAUCCUGGCAACCAGGUACACCUGGAGUUCUUCCAGCAAGUGCAUAUAUCAUUGAAGCUUUCAGCCAGUCAGUGAGCAAUAGCUGGCAGACAGUGGCAAACCACGUCAAGACAACUCUCUAUACUGUAAGAGGGCUGAGGCCCAAUACAAUCUACUUGUUCAUGGUCAGAGCAAUCAACCCCCAAGGUCUCAGUGACCCAAGCCCUAUGUCGGAUCCUGUACGUACACAAGAUAUCAGCCCCCCAGCACAGGGAGUGGACCACAGACAAGUACAGAAAGAACUAGGGGAUGUCAUCGUUCGUCUCCAUACUCCAGUUGUUCUGACACCUACAACUGUUCAAGUCACAUGGACGGUGGAUCGGCAACCCCAGUUUAUUCAGGGCUACAGAGUGAUGUAUCGUCAGACUUCUGGCCUACAAGCUUCAACUGCAUGGCAAAAUCUAGAUGCCAAAGUCCCCACUGAGAGGAGUGCUGUCCUAGCAAAUCUGAAAAAGGGGGUGACUUACGAAAUUAAAGUCAGACCAUAUUUUAAUGAGUUCCAAGGAAUGGACAGUGAAUCAAAAACGGUCCGUACUACUGAGGAAGCCCCCAGUGCCCCUCCCCAGUCUGUGACUGUGCUGACGGUUGGAAGCCACAACAGCACAAGCAUUAGUGUAUCCUGGGAUCCUCCACCCCCAGACCACCAGAACGGAAUUAUUCAGGAAUAUAAGAUCUGGUGUCUGGGAAAUGAAACACGAUUCCAUAUUAACAAAACUGUGGAUGCAGCCAUCCGUUCUGUGGUAAUAGGUGGCUUAUUCCCUGGAAUUCAAUACCGGGUAGAAGUGGCCGCCAGCACAAGUGCAGGGGUUGGAGUAAAAAGUGAACCACAGCCAAUAAUAAUUGGGGGACGUAACGAAGUUGUUAUUACUGAAAACAAUAACAGCAUAACUGAGCAAAUAACUGAUGUUGUGAAGCAACCAGCGUUUAUUGCUGGCAUUGGUGGUGCCUGCUGGGUAAUUUUGAUGGGUUUUAGCAUCUGGUUGUAUUGGAGAAGAAAGAAGAGAAAGGGACUCAGCAAUUAUGCUGUAACAUUUCAAAGAGGAGAUGGAGGACUAAUGAGCAAUGGGAGCCGUCCAGGUCUUCUAAAUGCUGGGGAUCCCAAUUAUCCAUGGCUUGCUGAUUCAUGGCCAGCCACGAGUUUGCCAGUAAACAAUAGCAAUAGUGGCCCAAAUGAAAUUGGAAAUUUUGGGCGCGGAGACGUGCUGCCUCCAGUUCCAGGCCAAGGGGAUAAAACCGCAACGAUGCUUUCAGAUGGAGCCAUUUACAGCAGCAUUGACUUCACUACCAAAACCACUUACAACAGUUCCAGCCAAAUAACACAGGCCACCCCAUAUGCCACGACCCAGAUCCUGCAUUCCAACAGCAUCCACGAACUGGCAGUUGAUCUUCCUGAUCCACAGUGGAAAAGCUCAAUUCAACAAAAGACAGACCUGAUGGGCUUUGGCUAUUCACUACCUGAUCAGAACAAGGGUAACAAUGCCUUACUUUACAUCCCUGACUACCGAUUGGCUGAGGGAUUGUCUAAUAGAAUGCCACACAACCAGUCACAGGAUUUCAGCACCACCAGCUCUCACAACAGCUCAGAAAGGAGUGGCAGUCUCUCAGGUGGGAAAGGUGGAAAAAAGAAGAAAAACAAGAAUUCUUCUAAAGGACAGAAAAACAACGGAUCGACUUGGGCUAAUGUCCCUCUACCUCCUCCUCCAGUCCAGCCCCUUCCUGGGACAGAGCUGGGGCACUAUGCUGCAGAACAGCAGGAAAAUGGCUAUGACAGUGACAGCUGGUGCCCACCGUUACCAGUGCAAACAUAUCUGCACCAGGGUAUGGAAGAUGAGCUGGAAGAAGAUGAUGAUAGGGUCCCAACACCUCCUGUUCGCGGUGUGGCCUCUUCACCUGCUAUCUCCUUUGGACAGCAGUCCACUGCCACUCUUACUCCAUCCCCACGGGAAGAGAUGCAACCCAUGCUUCAGGCUCACUUGGAUGAGUUAACAAGGGCCUAUCAGUUUGAUAUAGCAAAACAAACAUGGCACAUUCAAAGCAAUACUCCACCUCCACAGCCCCCAGUCCCACCAUUAGGUUAUGUGUCCGGGGCCUUGAUUUCUGAUUUGGAAACAGAUGUUCCAGAUGAGGAUGCUGAUGAUGAAGAGGAACCGAUAGAAAUCCCCAGGCCCCUCAGAGCACUAGACCAGACUCCUGGAUCCAGUAUGGACAAUCUAGACAGCUCUGUGACAGGAAAAGCCUUUACCUCCUCUCAAAGGCCGCGGCCCACCAGCCCAUUUUCUACCGACAGUAACACCAGCGCUGCCCUGAAUCCAAGCCAGCGGCCUCGGCCCACCAAAAAACAUAAGGGAGGGCGGAUGGACACACAGCCAGUGUUACCUCAUCGGAGAGAAGGGAUGCCAGAUGAUCUUCCCCCAGCACCAGAUCCCCCACCAAGUCAGGGUUUAAGACAGCAGAUAGGCCUGAGCCAGCAUUCUGGUCACGUGGAAAAUUCAACAGAGAGAAAAGGAAGCUCCCUAGAGAGACAACAGGCUGCCAACUUAGAAGACACAAAGAGCUCACUGGAUUGUCCAGCUAAAACCGCCCUAGAGUGGCAGCGUCCAACCCAGGACUGGAUAAACUCUACAGACCGCCAAGAAGAUACACGGAAAGCCCCACACAAACAAGGGGUUGGAUCAGAGGAGUCCUUGGUCCCCUACAGCAAGCCCAGCUUCCCAUCUCCAGGUGGGCACAGCUCUUCGGGAACAUCCUCCUCUAAAGGGUCUACUGGCCCUCGGAAGGCCGAAGUAUUGAGGGGCGGCCACCAGCGGAAUGCCAGUGACCUUCUGGACAUUGGAUAUGUGGGCUCAAAUAGUCAAGGACAGUUUACAGGUGAAUUGUAGUAACUGAGAGGGGACAUACAAAGAUGCUCUGAAGACCAUCAGGUCUGAACUCAUGGAAGUGAUAACAUUUAACAGUGCAAUGAACAAUUUCUUUAUUUAUGUACUAUUAACAAAACUGUAAAUGCAAUGUAAAAACACACAGCCACACAUAUCCCACAGUUAUUUUCUUGUGUUCUCCUCUUAAUUACACCACCUACCUUAACUCUUUCUUGUCAGGAGUAUAUAAGAAAAAGAAAGAACGUAAACUCACCCUCCAGGAAAAAAAAGGAUUUUCCUCUGUAUAUAAUUUCUUUUUUUGCAUUGCUAUGCAAGCUCACUCUUUUUAGCUCUGUUCAUAUUAUUGUCUGUCCUUAUUGGUCUGUUGUACUAUAUGUGAAUUAAUGGGCUGUGGUGCCAUAUAUUAACUUUUAAUUGUGUAACUUUUUAUGUUUAAAUUUUGCACUGCAAUUUUAUUUGGUGAUAAGCACAAAUCUCUACUCCUCAUGACAUGAAGAAAAGAUUGAAUGUGAAGGGAGUUUUCUGUACUGUAAGUUAGGUUGAGUAAUGCUGGUGUAACCAAUCCUGUGAGAUGGUUUUCAUUUGGGGGUGUAGAAAUAGGAAGAUUGGAAGGAAUGAUGGUGUUGGCAAAGUCUUCUUGAAAAAUCAGAUAUUAAGUCAUUUUAAGAAGCAGAAAGAUGGCUUUUACUAUUGAAAAAAGCAGGGGUCAAAAGAAGGAAGCUUAAGUCUACACAGAAUAUGGGUUAACGUAUGCUGGUAGCAAAGAUGUACUAACUUGCUUUAAAAAUAUAAUUAAAAUUUUAUUUAGAAGCAACUUUACUUGCCAUUGUAAUUGACCCAACUGAGAAUUACAAUGAGAAAAAUGAAAUCAAGGUUGUUUGAAGAGAUCUGUAUUUAUAUUACAGCUUUUAAAAAACAGCAUUUUUGAAUUACCAUAAUUAAUCUUUCCAACUCAUUAAGUCAGAGUAUAAAAUGAAGUUCCCCAAGGAAACAAAGAAAAUGAACUCUAGAAAUCUAGCAAAUAGUUAAAGAAGCAACUUAUUAUUAGGGCAUACUCGGGCUACUCUUGAAUAUUGCGAUAUCUUGCUCAUCUUUCUAAUACAUGUACAGUACAUACUAGAGGAUGUAGCCACAUCACUUAAGUUCAUUACUUAAAAAAAAAACCUAAUGCAUUCUACAUACAAUUUUGUGUUUCAUUUGAUUAAAAAGUGAAAUUGAUGCCACCAAAUGUAUAGCCAAGUUGUAAGUGCUUAAAGGCAGUGCUCACAGUAUGUUCAGUUUACAAUUAGUAGAUAUAUUGGACUAAAUAUUUUCUGGUACAUUCUCAGAAAUUGGCUACCAACGAAAAUCUGUUUGACCCAUUUUGAAUGAGUAAAUUGGAAAGAACAGUCAAAGGGAGAAAAAUGCAUGUUUAUACACUUUUUAAAUAAAACCAAAUCUUGUAAGUGGACAUUAAUAACAGUGUCCUGCCUCAUUUGUUUUAACGACCUUGAGAACAAGGAGUUUCUGGACAUCAAUUAUGUAUGCUCAAGAUAAAUGUGACUUUGAAAUGUAUGUUAGAUACUGUACAUGUAUGUAAGUCAAGUAGAUGAUAGCCUUCCUGAAAUUACCACUGAUGACAUUUUCCCAUGUGCUAUCUACACAAUCUUAAAUUCUAGUCCAAACAAUAUUUUGUAUUAUCUUUUUCUUAUGAUAUGUUCAAUAGAUGGUAUCUUGAAAAAUAUUCAAUGUGAUGGUCAAAAUAUUCAAUUUUCAAGUAGCGGACAUUUUGAUUGACAUAACACACUGUGUAUUAUUGGCUCAGAUGCCAACUUUUAUGACCUUAUUAUAUAAAAUACAUUAGUACAUGGUUCCAAGGCUACUGUACCACAGGCAAGCAUAGAGUGUGAUGUUAUUCAUGGGUCUCAAAAUUUUCUUAGUGCCAUAUAGUUAACUUUCUUCACUGAAGGGACAAAAAAUUCUGACACACCGUUUAACAACUUCUUAGCAUCAGUGCCUGAGUUUUACUGAAAUUUGAUGUCUCUGGUACAAGGAAAUGGGAAAAGUUGAACAGUUUCUGUGAAAAACAAAAUGGAUUAUGUAAUUAUUGUCAAUUCCAAGAUGCGAUGAAUUUAAUUUUGCAUUUACACAGUUCCUUAUUCCAUGUCCUCUAUUUAAAAGCAUAAGACCUUUUAAGAAAUAUAUUUAGUUCAAUUAUCACUUUAUGUUCAUGAAUAAUAUAAUUUAGUGUAAAAUAGUAUAUCAUAUGUAUGGUAACUGACAUUUGCAGAUUAUUAUCAACCCAAGUCACAAGAAAUGAUAUCUGCAGAUCACAUGAUAACUUGAAGAAUGAUUUGGGAUUAUAGCACCAUAUCGUCCCAAUUGCCUUCAGUAUAGAAUCAUAAGCAGUUAGAUUGUGAUCCAUACAGAUUACAGACCGUGAUUACUACAAAAUCUUGUACCCAAUAUCUGCCAUGAAGACAAGAUAACAUGCUAUGGUGAUUUGAAUUCAGGCAUACUAUCAACAACAGAAAACCUUCAUCAUCUAGGUAUUUAUACAAAUCCAUUCACCGUUAACAUUCGGAUUGUCGACUGAGGAACACAUACCUCCUGAGAGUCCCAUGUCUUCCCCUUUUGUAGCUGAUUGAAUGUGAUGGGAAAUCUACUGAGCUCACUUUUCUGUGAGUCUGAACAGAAACCUGCAUAAGCCAUCAGAAGGAAAUCUGGGUGGGAAUGAAACCUCAUUUUUUGAUCAUCAGCAAUACUGCUGUGUAGUCAGGCCAGACCCAAGCACAGCUUCUUUCAGAACAGGCAAAGUCUCCUUAGGGAAUGCAAUAUCAGUACCCAAACUCAGGUAUGCAAGUAUAAGCAGUAGAGUCUGCCUACCCUUUUCAUGUCAUUUUACAAAAGUAACUUAGGUGAGGACAGAACUAUGGAAACAAUGAACUCCAUCAUAGGAUUUGGAGCAGCUCAAGGAAGUAUAUAGGAAAGUCAAGACCAAUGGGUAAGGCAUCACACAACCAAAGUGAAGUAAAACCUUCCAAAUUUACUUACUCUGACUAAGAAAACAGAUUUAGUAUAUUCUAUGUUAUAGUAUAAUGCUCUACAUAUUUAAAUACAUUUUUAAUGGGAUUUAAGUUGCAAGUUUGUAUGUGAUUUCAUGGAAUACAACCAAGUUCUACUUAAUGAAAUUAUGCAAUUUUCAUUGAUGACAAUACAAUUACCACAUCAAUGAGCUCCCAACUGCAGAUCACUUCCCCUGAGAAGUGAUCUUGUCAGUAUUGAAGAUAUGCAGAAACAUAACAUUCACUACUGUUAGUUUAUUCAUCUACUUCUGUAUAUUGUGCAAAAAAAAAAAAUGAACCUGUCUUUACACAUUACCUGAGAGGUGAAAUGAUUUUUUACUUUGCUUUGUCAUAAUGCGUACUUCAAAUGAAACACCAUACAUUUUUUAAAUGACAUGCAAUUUACAAAUAUUUUUUACUCUCAUAAUUUUAAAAAUGUUCAUUGUGAUUUUAAAGUGUUACAAGACAAGGGAUUUUGUGGCCGUGGGUAGACUUUUUAUACUUUGUUUUAUAGAUGGAUUUUUUUCAUUGUAGUUUAUUUGAGUCAACAAACAAUAUCCCAAACCUUAUUGUGUUUCAUUUGAUAUUGUUAGAUCAGCAAAGAAAUUGGCAUAAAUUGAUUCAUAGUAUUGUCAAAAAAUUGUGUAUUGUGUAUUCACUGGGAAAAAUAAAAAUAUAUUCACAUUUCAA